CUUUCUUAGUGUGUGUUGCUUGCCCAUGUCUGAUUCUCUUCAUCCACAUUUCAUGAAGCUGUGGACCUAUUAGUCUUUCAUUCCCAUUUCAUUUGUAACCAUUUAUUUGCUUUUCUGGAAUUGUGUAACUGCUGCUACUACUUUAAGACUAACUUAGCUUGCUGUGCUCCUCCCAUAUUCUCUCUCUCUCUCUCUCUCUCAGGACGCAAACCAGUUUCAGGAGAAGCAAGGGUAGAAAAAAAAAAAAGUAGGCAUUAUUUUGUGCAGGGAGAAGGCGUGGACUUCCUCCAGAGCCUUCCAGGAGAAUUCCAGCUUGAGAGACGUGCGAGAGGGGCAGACAUGGACUGGGGCACCGAUUUGUGGGACCAGAACGAGGUGAUCGACAAGCAUACUCAGUCGGGCUUGGAGCUGGUGGAGCGCUACAUCAAGUUUGUCAAGGAGCGCACGGAGAUCGAGCAGAGCUACGCCAAGCAGCUCAGGAAUCUGUCCAAGAAGUACGCCAAGAGAGGAAGCAAAGAUGAGCAGGACUGCAGAUUCAGCAACCACGCGGCCUUGCAAGAGAUCUUGAGCGAGAUGAACGACUACGCGGGCCAGCGGGAGCUGAUCGCCGAGAGCAUGAUGACCAGCAUCUGCGUGGAGCUCACCAAGUUCCUGCAGGAGCUCAAGCAAGACCGCAAAGCGCACCUUUCCGACGCCAAGAAAGCCCAACAGAACCUGGAGAGCAGCUUCAAGCUGCUGGAAAGUACAAAGAAGCGCUACGCCAAGGAAUGGGGAGAAGCUGAUAAAGCGACGCAACAGGUCGAGAAAAUUGAGAGCGACCCCAACGCCAUAAAGAUAGACGUAGACAAAGCCAGGCAGCACGCAAACGCCCGCACGCACACGGCGGAGGAAUGCCGCAGGGACUACGCGGCGCAACUGCAGAAGUUGAACACGGAGCAGAAAUACUUUUACUACUCGGAGAUCCCGCAGAUAUUCAAUAGGCUACAGGACCUCGACGAGCGCCGGAUUCGCCGUCUGGUGGAAGGAUACUGCCAGUUCUCAGACUUGGAGAAGAAGGUGCAGCCCAUCAUCUCCAAAUGUCUCGACGGAAUCUCGGCGGCCGGAGCAAAAGUGGAUGAGAAGCAGGACUCGCUCCUGUUGGUGGAGCAGCACAAGUCGGGCUUGGAGCGCCCCUCCGACUUGGACUUUGAGGACUACACGCAGGGAAUCAAAGCGGCCGGCUCCGACUCCAGCCUCAACCUGCCCAAAGUUCGCGGCAAACUUUGGCCCUUCAGCAGGAAGCACAAGCCGCCGCCGGCAGAGGACUUCUCUCACCUUCCUCCCGAGCAAAGAAAGAAGAUGCUGCAGGCCAAGAUCGACGACGUGUCCAAAAAACUUCACAUGACGCUGGAGACCAGCGAGGCCCUGGAGAAGAUGAAAGGCGUGUACGAGCAGAACCCCGACAUGGGCAACCCGUCCAUUCUGGAGCCGCAGAUCUCCGAGACGGCGCAGAACAUCGGAUACCUGCGCGGCGAGCUUGCCAAAUACGAAACUUGGUUGUCGGAGGCGGUGGGAGGAGACGAAUGCGUCAAUGCCAUCAACAACAACCACCACCUCACGGAAAAACCGGCGGAGCCGUCUGAAAACCAACACAACAUUUACACCGAGUUUGACGAUGAGUUUGAAGACUGUGGUCAUUGCACGGCUUUGUACACCUUUGAAGGCAACAGCGAGGGCACCAUCUCGGUGACAGACGGCGAGCUUCUCACCAUCAUGGAGGAGGACAAAGGCGACGGGUGGAUGCGGGUCGUCCGGGCCAACGGGGAGGAGGGCUUCAUCCCGUCCUCCUACGUCAAGCUCGUGUCCUAAGCUCAUCCACACAUUUUUCAUUUUGAUUUGGUCGCUGUAGCCACGCUUCUCUGCUGCUUCUCUUUCCUGAUUGGUUACUAUUUUUAUACUAUUUAAAAUAUUUUAAGACAGACAUAGCCCCUCAGCAGCGCGCCCCACUGACCUAUUUGACGAUGAUUUUUAUCGUUAUUAUUAUUCCGAGAGCCUGUUCAAGGUUGGCGCCGCCUUUGGGGCCUGACUCACACUGGAUACCGCGCUAAAAUGUUACAAUGGAUGUAUCGUGCAAAGUACAUAUUGUAAGCAGAAUGAACAUUAAAUAUGAACGACAAA